CUCUGAACGCGCCGCUAGUGCUGAAGACCAAGCUCCGACGUACCGCUUGCGCCGCGCCUUGUCUGGUACUGCCUGGCAGACGAAGAAAGAAUACCAUGAUUAGGCGCACCUGAUCGGUUGUGCACGGAUCGACGCAACUAACAGUCAGUAGAGUAUUAGUUCGAAACACCUGUAGACGCAGUUUGAUGUACGUAUAUGUGAUUGAAUCCAUGAAAUUGCAAUGCAUGCCAAUAGACAGUUGUGUCAGUGCCGUGUAGUGUGCCUAACAAUGUCUCCGCCAUAUACAGGAUCUUUGCAGCAAUAGACUAAGCCCCCAAAUCGACUGAAAUCCCGUCCAGCGAACGCCAUAACCGUGCCAUAUCCGAGCAUCAUACGUAAACCAAGUGCAAUAAAGUGACCACUGUGAUAAAAACAAUCGAUGCCAUAAUGACGCGACGCCAACUAGAUAACAUGUCUUCCAAUUCGUCACCGUCGGUGGAACAGGAACAGCACAUGAUGUCACCUCCACAACCACACCAACAUUUAUCCCCUGGGGCCAGCGAAAAGUCGCCGGAGGCCCCUGGAUCGCCGGCCAUGCUUGCCACCAUGACGCCUGUCAAUGUCAUGGAACUCAAGAAGGAAAUGGAAGAAGAAAGUGCCAUGGGACGUGCGCCCCUUUACGCUCAGGUGAAGACGGAAGUGCUGUACGACAAAGAUGAAGAUAUAUAUGCUCAAGGGAUGACGGACAAGAACGACACCCCAAUAGACUUAAUCUACGAAGACGGUAACAAGACAGUGAUAUACACAACGGCUCCAGACCAGAAGGGUUUGGAGAUAUACUCUGCCGAUAAUUCCGGGGAAAUAACUAUAAACAAUAUCAGUGCUCAUCAAAUCCACGGCCAGCAAAUUGCUGACGUUUUGAUUGACGGAAAUUCGGGCGCAAUGGUCGGCGAGACUGUCGGUAGUCCGCAAGGUACUGUGUCGGUAGUGUUGCAAGGUAAUGGACAGGGACUGCUGCAAUAUCCUCAAGCCCAGGUUCCCGGUGCGACGGUACUUGUGCUAUCGGAGAUGAUAGACGAUGUUGGGGGAGUGCCAGUCGUCGGAAUCAGGUGA